AUAAUAAGUCCAACUACUACUACUACUAUUGCAUACAAUUAACGGGGAAAUAAUUUUUGAAAUAAACUGUUAAACUAAAUAACAAGCCACGGCAAAUAUAAGAAGAGUGUAAAACGACGUACGGCAGAACGUAAAAUUCUGAUUUGCUAUAACAACAUUAUUACAUAAAUAUAUCACAUCGCGUACAUAGAACAAAAAACCGGUGACGACGAAGGAACGCAUAUAAAUUUUUUUUUUGUCAGAGAAACGUUGACGAAAACUGUGAAAGCACAUCUUGAUUAUAUAGAAGCAGCAACAUCAGCUGAAAAGAAAAUGCGAGGACGUCAUUUACGUAGGCGCUUUAGCCUGCAACCAUCAUUCCUAAAAGAUGACAAUGCAGAUGAGAAAUCCAAACGUGACAAAGUUGGACGUAACAAUGCCGUAGACGAUGCCAUUGGUCCCACAAAUGCCAGACAUAAAAUUGUCGUUAUGGGAUCUGCUAAAGUUGGUAAAACAUCAAUUAUAACGCAAUUCCUUUACAAUACAUUCACCACCAAAUAUAAGCGAACAAUUGAAGAAAUGCAUCAAGGGAACUUUUCAAUUGCUGGGGUCAGCUUAACCCUGGAUAUAUUGGAUACGGCCGGUUCGUAUGAGUUUCCUGCAAUGCGUGCUUUAUCCAUAUCAUCAGCCGAUGCAUUCAUAUUGGUCUAUGACGUUACCGAUGCCACCACAUUUGAUGAGGUCCGUAUGAUACGCGAUCAAAUUCAUGAGACUAAAGGUACAACAGCGGUUCCCAUUGUAGUAGUGGGAAAUAAAAUCGAUUUACUUUUGGAAAAUGAAGAUUUAAGAGAGGUUGAAUAUGCGACAACAGAAUCAGUGGUUACUGUCGAUUGGGAGAAUGGUUUCGUCGAAGUUUCAGCAGCACGUAACGAGAAUAUAACUCAAGUAUUCAAAGAAUUAUUAUCGCAAGCGAAAAUCACUUAUAAUUUAAGUCCUGCAUUAAGGCGACGACGUCAAUCUUUACCACAACAGAUGGGUAAUAAUGGUGUUGGUACACCAACACAUCAUAAUCCAUCUAGUCAGGCCCAACAUCAACAUCAUCAUCAUCAUCAUCAGCAUUUACAGCAUCAAGCACACACAUCGUCAGCGAUGGCAGCAGCAGCCGCCCAAUCGCAUACUCCCACCGCUGCACAAUUGCAACAUUUACAAAGAAUACAAGAGCGCAGUUUGGGUGGCAAACGUAAUUCAUGUUCAAUUUCCUAAAGAUGUCAACUAUCAAGAAUCUACUAAGCACAACACAACAAAAUACUAUAAUAUAACAUCAGUAACAAUAUUUACUAUACAAGCCAAAUAUAAAUAUAAGUAAAUAAAAAAAAAAAAAAUAAAACAAAAAAAAGAUUACACUCAACUAUUAUGUUAUAAUAUAUAGUAAAUUUAAACUUGAACUUGAAAUUUUUGUAGCAAUUAUUCCUAUAUCGCAAAUAUAUAACUUGUAUUAUAUUAUAUAACAUAAUGUAUUCUGAUGCAAUUUAAUGUGUACGAAAAGGUACGUACGUACCUUUCAGAUAUUUAAGUAAAAAAAAAAAAAAACAAUUUU